GGAGCUGCGGAAACAGCGGACACGUACGUGCAUGGAUGUGGGUAGAACAGAAAACUGGGGCGGAAGCUCUGGAAGCUUGGAAAAGUUGUUGGAAGGGAUGCUUUUAAGAGAAGAUGAUCCCCCGUCGUAGUGACUUGGUCAUCUUUGGAUAUAUUUGAAACAGCUGCAAUUGUAGCACAGUAUCUUUCUAGUCCUUUAUAUCCAUAUACCUGGAUGAGCUUGCAACACUCGGUUAGCUAGAGCAUCCCCAACAACGACAACAUGGUUGGACAUUGGACUACCGCUGCGGCUGUUGGCCUGUUGGCCCUGAGCACAAAUGCCUCUCCUAUGCAACACAUGAAGCGAGCGCCAUUAUUUAACUACAACGGCGAAAAGGUCCGCGGAGUAAACACAGGCGGUUGGUUUGUCCUCGAGCCCUGGAUCACGCCCUCCCUCUUCGAAGGCAAUGCUGCAAAGGACGAGUGGACUUUCAGCGAGAUCUUGGGCAAAGACGGGGCAAAGUCGCGUCUGCAGAACCACUGGAACUCGUGGAUCACACAGGACGACUUUAACCAGAUGGCCACCGCUGGUCUCAACCACGUGCGAAUCCCAAUUGGGUACUGGAGCGUCAUUCCACGGGACGGCGAGCCGUAUGUGCAGGGUGCGUACGAGAAGCUUGGUGAAGCGCUGGACUGGGCGUCGGGCGCUGGCCUAAAGGUCAUGAUCGACCUGCAUGGUGCUCCCGAUUCACAGAACGGCUUCGACAAUUCCGGCAAGUACGGCAGCGUUGGCUGGACGCAAGGCGACACGGUCGAGCACACCAAGAACGUGCUGAACAAGAUCCGCGACGACCAUGCUGAGCACCCUGCCGUUUCUGCGAUCCAGCUCCUCAAUGAGCCAUUGGGCCCAAACCUCGACAUGAACGUGGUCAAGCAGUUCUACAUGGACGGCUGGGGCAACUUGAAGAACUCGAAUGUUGCCGUCACCUUCCACGAUGCGUUCCAGGGUGUCACCAAGUGGAACGACUGGGGCGCGGGCAUGUGGAACCUCCUGCUCGACACGCAUCACUACGAGAUCUUCAACAACGACCAGGUCGCUCUGAGCAUCGACGACCACAUCAGGACAGCCUGCGACUUUGGCAACCAGAUGGCGUCGACGGGCAAGUGGACGGUCGCGGGCGAGUGGACGGGCGGCAUCACCGACUGCGCAAAGUGGCUCAACGGCAAGGACAAGGGCGCGCGCUACGACGGCAACCUCAACGGCGCGCCCAAGGUGGGCGACUGCACGGGCAAGUCGACGGGCAGCGUAGCGGGCCUCUCCGCCGACGACAAGCACAACAUUGGCCGCUUCAUCGAGGCCCAGCUCGACGCAUAUGAGAAGGCGACGGGCUGGAUCUUCUGGACGUGGAAGACUGAGGGUGCGCCCGAGUGGGAUAUGCAGGACCUGUUGGCCAACGGCCUGUUCCCGCAGCCAUUGACUGCGCGCAAGUAUCCCGGCCAGUGCAGCUAAGCACCUUGUCGACGACGCGACUUGGCGUGUGAACAAUGUUGUCUUUCCUGCUCUUUCUUCUGUACCAACACGCUACAUUCGCUGCGCCCCGGACACCAUCUCCAACCCACCUACUGCCUACUUGCCUACCUGCUCAUGGCAAGUAACGUCACGAUAUAACGAAUUUCGUUUCGCUUCGAAGAUACCCCGAUGCGCUCACUCGCUAGAAGGGCCCCGUUUCGGGAGCCCACGUUUGUUCAGAUUGACACAUGGUGUUGUGUCAGCGUGUGUAUUUAUACAGCAAAGCAUAUAGUAGUUGGGCGAGGCGCAGCAUAUAGGUGGAAGGGGGCAUAGCUAGUUGAAAUGAAUAUGAAG